AACUAGUAGGGGAUCCUCACCGACCAUGGCCACAGCUGCGUCGAAUCCCUACAGCAUUCUCAGUUCCAGCUCUCUGGUCCAUGCGGACUCUGCAGGCAUGCAGCAGGGAAGUCCUUUUCGAAACCCUCAGAAACUUCUCCAAAGUGAUUACUUGCAGGGAGUUCCUAGCAAUGGGCAUCCCCUUGGGCAUCACUGGGUGACCAGUCUGACCGACGGAGGCCCAUGGUCCUCCACACUGGCCACCAGCCCCUUGGACCAGCAGGACGUGAAACCCGGGCGCGAAGACCUACAGCUCGGCGCGAUCAUCCAUCACCGCUCGCCUCACGUCGCCCACCACUCUCCGCACACUAACCACCCCAAUGCCUGGGGGACGAGCCCGGCUCCGAACCCGUCCAUCACAUCGAGCAGCCAACCCCUUAAUGUGUACUCGCAGCCAGGCUUCACCGUCAGUGGCAUGCUGGAGCACGGGGGGCUCACCCCACCACCGGCCUCCGCCUCUGCACAGAGCUUACACCCAGUGCUCCGGGAGCCCCCAGACCACAGCGACCUAGCCUCGCACCACUGCCAGGACCACUCGGACGAAGAGACACCAACCUCAGAUGAGUUGGAACAGUUCGCUAAACAGUUCAAACAAAGAAGAAUCAAGUUGGGUUUCACGCAGGCCGAUGUGGGGCUGGCACUAGGCACACUGUACGGCAACGUGUUUUCGCAGACCACCAUCUGCAGGUUCGAGGCCUUGCAACUGAGCUUCAAAAACAUGUGCAAGCUGAAGCCGCUGCUGAACAAGUGGCUGGAGGAGGCUGAUUCGUCCACAGGGAGUCCGACCAGCAUUGACAAGAUCGCGGCACAGGGCCGAAAGCGCAAGAAGCGAACCUCCAUCGAGUGGAGUGCCUAGGAUGGGCAGAAUAGGCGAGCUGAUUGGGUUUGCAAAGUAGUGCGAAAUGGAGAGGUGAUUUUGAAAGAUUCUGCCCUCCCUGCCAGAAUAGUGGGGCCCCGGAAGGGCUUCUACAGCGCGAAUCUGGGUGCCAGAGAAGGAUUCCGCAGCAGCGCUUGAGCGAUAGAUGUCGGCUUGAGGAGCUGAGAGGGCUUCUGAACCUACUGAGGUACGGAAUGCCUGCACUCGGAGCUCCUCCAGGACCCGGUGCCUCUCCAAGCCAACCGGCAGCGCUACCCGACGUCGGCCUCCCAGGCGAAGGACUUUGCCUUUACAUGCUUUUGAUUUCACUGGAGAGGACACCCCAGAGACGCUGGCGACAGACUGGGUCAGCACCUCACAGGUCGGUUCACUUCCAGUUCAACGCCUGCUCCUUGAAUGAGAGAACUUCGGGGAGGGGUGGCGAGGGCGCUCCUCUGCUCUCUGCAAAACAACAGUGGAAUGAUUGGCAAAGGUCACAGGGAUUUUGGUCUAGCUCCGUAGAACAUCCUUUCCCAUGUAUAUAGCGCUGCCGCUGAGUCGGCUCACACGGGGAGCCAUCUCCACACCUCGGAAAAGCACAGCUGGCGGAAAGUCCACAGCGACGACUGGGCUAGUUAGUGAGAGCCCCGGCGUAUGGAUUUCUGUUUUUUAUCUCUUUUGUGUAUGUGUGCGCGUGUGCGUGUCUGCAAACGUGUGUGUGUGUGAGUAGAUAGUUGUUUGUAUCGUAUUACUAUUUACAAAAAACAAAAACUACAAAAAAAUCGCGCUAGGCUAUGUAGAGAUUCAAAAAACAUGCAGUUGCUGUGGCUUUAUGACUAGCUCUCAAGCCCACAGGCCAGGUCCACAGAGACAUCUCAUUCCCAAGGAGCAUGCAUGUACUGGCUGGCCAAGCACCCAGCGCCCAGCCGCUGCUUGCCAGACCUGCCUGGAAGCUUGUAUGACAGGGCCGGCCACCUAGCUUGGGCCUUCAGGCUCAGCUGUGGUAGACAAAGCUUCAAACUACCUACCUAAGGACCAGAUAGCCUAGGGCCCCUUGUUGAGGAUGCACUAGUAAGGGCUGCCAUGACUCUGGUCCACCACACUGUGUGCCCCCCAGCCGCAGGUCCAAGAGCAUGAGUUAAUUGAAAUCCCAGACCCUUUUUCUUUUUUUUUUUGUCAAGUCUUUGAAUUCUGUUGGUAGUUGGUUUUUAGUUCUGGGAUGUUUUUUCCACAUUGAGUUCAUGUGUUAAAACUGUUAGGCUUGUUUUUGUUUGUUUCAAUAUUUUUCUUUGCAGUUAAGUGCUAUGGUUCAAACCUGAGUUAACCCAAAUAUUUCUGCUGACUUUAUAAUUGUACAGUUUUGUAUAUUAAACGUUUUUGAAGUUAU